AUGGAUUUUAUCCAAGGAUACAAUUCCGAUAGUGAAGAAGAGGGUAAUCAGGAUCAAAAUCAACAGGUCUGUACACCUGAAGAAACAAGAAAUUCAAUAGGUCAAAUUGAUCUAGGGUUUGAUAUUGAAGACAUAAAUAUUUAUCUGCAAAAUUAUACCACCAAAACUGAUAUGACAUCAAUAUAUUUGAUGAUUCCAUGGAAACCAUCAACAAGUGUUGUCAGGAGGUUAGAAGGUUUGUCAACUGAAGCAUUAAAAUAUCUUAAAAGCAAAGACUAUAAGUUUUAUAAUCAGUAUAAUUGGGAUUUGAACCCUUUAAGUAAUCCUAAUAUUAGAUCCAAAUAUGAUUCAUUACACAUUUCCUUGGGUGUUAAUAAACUCAUACCCAAUGACAAAACACAGCUAUUUAUCGAUAAUUUGCAAAAUCAAUUGGCUAACUUGAAAAUACCACCUCAUAUGAUCAAGGAUGAUAGUGAGACUAUUACUAGAUUAUCUAACUUACAAAAGAUAUUCCAGAAGAGACCGGAGAUUAUGCAAGAGGAAGACUCUAACUCAAUGUCAGAGAAUUUUGAAGAAUUCUUGCAACGAAAGCAUCUACUAAACAUAACCCAAGAAGACGACUUGGUAGGGAAGGUCCUCAAGUCGAAUAAUAGCGAAUUGUCUUCUAAGUGUAUUCAAUUGAAAUUCCAACCAGAAUUUAAGAUUCUAGAUAGUGCCAGUUCUCCGACAUUGUUUUUGGGACUCGGAAUCUUGAUGUCAGACGAAACAAAGGAAUUUUUCAACCUCAUCAGCCAAACAGUGAAAGCUACUUCCAAAGAGCUCGAUAUUCCAAACCCUAUGGAAGGAUAUGAUUACCAUCAUAUAUCUUUAGCCAGAGCAAUUCCAAAACUGAAGGUUGAUUUAGGAGAUCAACUUCAAAAUAUUAACCAAGCACUUGGUUCUUUUAACUAUUCGACCUUUGCUAGCGAUUUCGAAUCCUUGGAUAUCAAUAUUAAUUGUAUAAAUUUGAUCACUACUUCAAUGUUAAGAUCCUUGCAUCAUUUCGAUUUACCUUUAUAA